AUGCCUCCGAGAAGUCGAUUGUCGCGAGAGGAGAAAGGGAAGGACAUCGCAGAUUCUCCGGGUCCGACCAGAGAUGCGUCAGCGACCGGAAGCCCGCUGGAUGAUUUCGACUUGAUUCAUCGCUAUGCUCUUCGGGACACAGAAAACAUGACUCUAUCUCAGCGUCUUUUGGUCGCUGAUGCCCAUAGGCUGAUUCGUGAUGAAGGCGCGGAUCGCGUUGAAGUCGGGAGCAGCGACGUGAGCGGAAGUGAGAACAGAGGGGGAGACCAAAGCGAUGCUGCAACUUGUUCCGAACGUGGCGACGCUGAUGUGUCUGGUCGGUCCCCGACGCCUUCGAGGCAGGUUCGCAAGAGAGUUCGUUUCGACCAGAUAGACUGUCAUCCAACUAUUUAUCAUCCUGGUGGGAUCUUCGAGGAGCUUGCUCCGCUGCCGCCAGGACUGCUGCGCGACCCGCGGGCUCAGUUGUGGGGGAAUAUGUUUGGAUCAUGUGCUUCUCACCAUACCGUGAGGGAUCUGUUAAGGGCGAACGGCGGUGCUGGCGUUACCUACAUCAUCCCGUCUGCUGAGCAGCGUCCCUGGUCGCCUCCGGUUGGUUACCAGUGCGUGUAUGAGUCCUACUUCGGGGAGCAUACGAAGCUAUGGUUUCCGAUCCCUCGGUUGGUGACGUCUUAUGCAUUCCGCCGAGACAUUGCCAUCUCUCAACUUUUGAACGGGUUGCUGCGAAUAGCCGUCAUGUUGAUGGUAAUGGCAGCUGAGAUGGACAUUUCGAUGAGCGUGAGGGUCUUUGAGGAGCUGACUUUCACGAAGGCGGAGCCAAACGGGAUCUUCUCGGUGAAAAUGCGUUCGAACUACAACGUCUUGACCGGUCAUCCAAAUAAGACGCAGGAUUGGCAACGCGCGUACUCUUUCGUGAAAUCUGAUGAACAUGCUUUCGAAGAGCCGCCGGGGGACGACUACCGCGUUUUGUGGAACCAGCAACUCGUUCGUCACCCGAAUAUGAUCGUGGCGCACAGUCAUCUUCGUUGGCCGGAUCUCAGUCGAGAGUGGAUACGUCGCCAGCAAGCUAGGAUCGCUAGAGUUGAUAGGGAGUCGACGCUUCCUUGUGUUCCCGGUCCCCGUAAGUCGCGCCUUCCUUUGUUUACUCGCAAACAACAGAGACUUCUCAACAAAGCUAGAGAAAUGGAUGGAGUCCCGGAUCUAAGCGCCCUGUUGAGAGGGAAGUUGGAAUUGCUCUCGAAGAAAUCGACUACAGUCGAUCCUCAGGGACUGUCUAACUCCGGAGGCGACGGUGCUUCUGAAGGUCCCGAGAAGAAGAAAAAGAGCAAAAAGACUAAGGGGAGAGCGUCCGACGAGGUUCCUCCCGAGGAGUCUGCUUCCCUUGAUGCGACUUCCGAGGGUUCGAAGGCAAAGAAGAAGAAGGACGACAAAAGGAGAAAACUAAGAGUCGAUGUUGUUGGGGAGGACGUCGGCACUCCUGAAAACCUGUCGGAGGAGAGGAGGAAAACCAGCUCUCGAGAAGGGGGUUCUGGUGAUGAGCCCGUUGCGAACGAGAGGUCUGCUCCCGACUCCUCUGCGAGAAAAAGUUCUCGACCUGAGGGUUCUCUAGAAAAGAAAAGGAGGAUCGAAUUCCCUGAUCGCGUCGAGUUUUCUUAUGAUGAGACAACUCCCCUAAUCCUUAAUCCCCUUAGAUGCGCGGAACUGACGCGCCAAAUUCGUGGUGGGACGAAGGAGAUGCCGCAACUGGAAGAUCUCUACUUCAGGCAUGAAUACAUUGACGAUGCUUCUUCGAGAGCGCAGUUCGAAGAGCUGGAGGGUAAGCUCAAAUCCGCUAGAGCGGCGAAGAAAGAGCUUGCCCGAGAGAACACUCGUUUGGAGCAAGCGACUGCGACCCUUGAGAAGGAGAAGGCUGAGCUACUCGAAGAAAGGGACGCUGCAGUGGAGAAAUUGAUCAGAGAGAGGCAACGCUUAAAGGACUCUCGGGGGUUGGAGGUUACUCGUGAGAGGGAAAGGGUUGAAGCUGCUAUGGCCGAGAAGGCAAAUCGCUGUCUUGGUCGCGUACGCGACCAUUUUACUCGCUUGGAUGCCUUUGGGAAAGCGAAGAACCUGUACGGUCAAGCUUCGGGGACGAAGAAGUGCCUUGAGAUGAUAAAGGCCAAUGGGACGGAGAUCCCACAAGAAAUGAUCGACGUCUUUGCUGAGCAGGAGAAACUCCAUGAGGCGGAGGCUACGAAGCUUUCUGUAGGUCCGCUGUCUGAUAGCGACCUCACUCUUUCUCCGCUGGUUCUUCCUUCUCGCUUCGUCGAGGAUAGGUUUAGAGCAUCGUUUGAUCCUUAUGGAUCGAACGAGCCAUCAGAAGAGCCAUUGGUUGACGUCACGUCGGUCCCCGCUGAGCACGUCGAGAUCCCAGAGGGAGGUGGUCUUGAGGAACGUCCAGAGAAUGAGAACCUGGAGGAGGUCCCCGAAAAGGACAACCUUGAGACAGGCGACACUCCGGUUCGAGGGGAAGAGACCAAGAACGUGGGCAUCGAGGGUCCUGUCCUUGUCUCGGAUUUUUCCUCCGAAGGACGAGAAGACGAAGAGGAGGAAGAUGAUAGAGCCGAGGAGACGUCGCCACCGCAGCCUGUCGAGGAAGAGACGACCAACGAAGUUGGGGAUAGAGACGUUCAAAACCCCCCGCCUCCUACUGUGGACCCCCUUGUCCCUGUUCCUACUCGAGUGGAAGACCCGGCUGCUGCCGCUACUGAAGACGCAGUCGGUCCUCCUACUCUUGGGACGCCGGAGGAGGACGAUCAAGAUUCUGUGCCUUGA